AGGAGAUUCUUUUUAAAAGAAAGAUGUUGUGGAUGCAUUGAAUGGUUGUCUUGAACAAGGGACAUUUAAACCACGAGUGACAUUCCUUGGGAUGCAAGUUUAGACUGCGUAUUACUAAGAAGUAUUCAAAAUUGUGCUAAGGAGCUUAACCUUGGCCUUGGACACAAUGUCUGGUAUUCAAGCCUCCCUGGACAGCAACUCCCAUUAUGUUGAAGCAUCCUUUUGACGAGGCUUGUAGUAGAUGGCAGCUGGUGUUCCAGAGGUUGAAACUCCCUAGAUAUGUCUCUUUGAAGUCUGCGGAUGUCCUGCAUUUCAGAGAAGGAAGGGCAGUAGACUUCUAAUCCCCUUUACAGAUCAAUGAGUCACUCAGCUGCCAUUCAGAAUAUAUUAUAUGUGCACCUCUUUCAGAAGGCAAGGAUAUUCUUUCACUUAACUCCUGACGGCUGACCGUGCUUCCAGUGCUCCCUUCAGCUAAACUGCUGUCACUAAAAGGAAUUAAGGUAAAUUAAUUGGAGUGUGCUUCGUUAAUAUUUUCGAUGGAUAAUAGAAUAUGGAAAUAAUGUGUUAGAAACAGCAGAAUACGGAGUAGAAAAAUCAUGUAAAGAGAAAUAUUUAUAGUGAGUCUACAAUCAAUCAUGGUCAUUGGUUAAAUAACCAUGAUUGAUUGUAGGCUCACUAUAAAUAUUUGUGGAAUGUCAAUCCCUAUGUUGAUAAAGGUUCUUUCCAUUCAUUAUUUAGCAGACAUCACUGUAAUUCGGAGAAACUGCUAGACCUAGUCAAUAAAUUCUGGCUUAUUUAUAAAAGGGUGACUUGUCUGGAAUUAAAAUGGAAUUCAGACUGGAAUUUCAAAUGUAAGGUCAAAAAUAGCCAAACUGAAAAUAUAGCUGAUUUGGCGAUUUUCUUUUAAAAUGUGGAUAUUGUGGCGUAAAAUGUGACUUUGCUUGGAAUUCCCCAAAAAAUUACACUUUAGUGAAUAAUCCUUAUGGUGUCAUUCUACAAAUGAUAUGCAGUGUUAUUAGAGGAUUUAACCUGGGCGUUAAUUAAGUUGGCUGCAAAGAGUUAAUUUCUUAUUUUAUAGUUUCUGGUCCAAAACCAGCUUUAGGAGGGCUUUAGAUGCUGAGGAUACUAAUCAUGGCAACAGAUCUGUACCAGAAUUCCUUUUAAAAUGGCAACUGGCCCUAUAAGAGAGAACAAUGACCUUUGCCUUGACAGUAUAUGAUAUAUUGUAUAAUAAAGAACAUAUAUUUCAAACAUGCCAUGAUGAACUUGGUCACAUAUUUCUGAGACUCAGUAGUUAUGCUUGGCAGUCUCGGUAUCUCUCACUGUGCUGAGUUUGUUGCUCGGACCAUGGAGAGGUACAUUGUCCACUUCAUCUUCGGAUAAACGUACUAGAAUUGAGUUUGCCACCAGGUGCUAGUUGUGUUGAUGGCCAAACUCUUUGUUGAAGUAACAAUGUAUCAGUUUGUUUCAGCAACUUUUGGUGCAUGGGCAAUAUUUUGCCCAAGUGGACUGAAUUGAGACAAGCUUCAUUUGCGACAAAGCUGCUAGAACGUGGGAACCAGACAUCCUGGUUUUACAUUAAUAAACAUGUUAUGAGCCCUUCUCUGGAAAACAAAUCCUUUGUUUUUGCACAUCAUUUAUCACUUUGCCCCAGAAAUAUUAUAUUAUUUGUGCAUACAAGACAUUCCAAACACUCAGCCGUGAAGCACCUACACGAGGCGUUUACAUAAUGUAGAAAAAAGGAAACUCUUCAGAGAAACAGAAAGUGCAGUAAAGAACAAUGUUGGGUCACGGUUGCAAAAAUGGGGCAAUCACUAGGAGGAAUCCAUAGUUUUCCAAUGUGAGCACUCAAUAUUUAGAAUAAAAACCAAAGAAAACAGUUACACGCGCUCUAUCUCAAUCCCUAUUAACAUUUAAAUAACUGGAGAUUUUUUUUUAGUAUCAAUAUUUAGCACUAAUUUUCCUGCUGCUUAUCCACCCUUUUGUUGCCUCCGCUGAUAAUGAACCGUGUAUCCUUAGACUUACUCACUGCAGAGCUACGGGCUGGUUCAUCCACCCUCUGUCUGCAGAGCUGCGUGCCCUCUGUGCCAUCUUUUACCAGGCAAACCUGUGAUUUGUUGCAGGGUUUGAUCUGAGAAGAUAGAAUGGGUAGCUUAACUACAUGAAUAACCUGUACAGAGCAAAGUGCAGACACAAACACACUUCCUGGAAUAUUUAUUCUUGCAAUCAUCUAUGUUUUUAAUUUGGAUUUGGGCCUAAAAUUUGAAACUGACAUCAUUUCAUAAAGAAUCGGCCACAUUUUACACCUGUGUAUGCUUUCGGCUAAACUCUGUUUAGUGAACAUACCUCACUACAUCCUACAUUCAUCCUGUCUGCCUUCAGCUAUGACCGAUAUAUAUUUUAAAUGAACACUCCAGAUACAUAAAACACUUCACUUUUAUAAUUGGGUGCAGGAACACUGCCCUGGCUGUCAAUCACACAGCCAGGACGGCUUUCGUCCCCUACUUCCACACCUGUAAAUGGUGGGUGGACUGAGGCUAGUGCACAACUGCCUUCUCAAUAAGCUGUACUAUGGGUGUGGGGAGUGUAUAUUAUGGAUAUGGGGGGUGGGGAGGCGCUUGCAAGGGCUGCAGCUUUUGCAAACUGUUUUGUUUUUUUUUAAUGGGAAAAUUAAGCAGGAAAAAUACAAGCAUGCAUUCUUUAGCAAGAAUUUUUUUUUUUACUGGAGUGUUCUUUUAUUUUUUUUGAAGAAUAUACGGUAUAUCCUUAACACCAUAGAAGGUAUGCCCACAAGGGAGCAAGGCUUCUUAAUAUGCUUAGUUUGGAAGCACGAUGAGCAGUUGCACAGGCUUGGCUUGAACCUUGAGGUCCCACUGACAGUACAGGUUAUUUAAAAAUCAAAGGUUAGAAACACUCAGUCCACAUUUCACAAAGUUUAAGCACUAUGGGAGCAAUAUAGCGGAAAAUAGACAGGAGGCAUGCUUGUAUGGGGUUGACACUUUAGGAUUUAGUAGUUUGUAUUAAGUAUCUUAACUUUUUUUUUUUAACUCAUUUUAUUCGCUUUUAUUUUUCUAUGCUUCUAAGUCAAAUGGGUCCAUGACAUAAGAGGAACUUUCACCAACCGAAAAUAAAGCUUUGUAUAUAUAGCUUGCAUACAUAGAUUCAACACACUAUAAUGACCCCCUGCUCUAAAAAAGAGGAGGUGCUAGGCUGUGUAUCAGAGCGCUAUGCCGCUGCCUAAGGUAAAAAUUAAAACAAGCUCUGGCUAUAUAUGUUUACCAGUUAUAGAUAUAGCUCUGGCUAUAUAUGUUUACCAGUUAUAGAUAUAGCUCUGGCUAUAUAUGUUUACCAGUUAUAGAUAUAGCUCUGGCUAUAUAUGUUUACCAGUUAUAGAUAUAGCUCUGGCUAUAUAUGUUUACCAGUUAUACGUCUAGUAAUGUUCAAGAGUCCCUGGGUAAACAUGAGAAUAUCUUUACAUACUGACUUGCUCACCUCUAGCUUUUUCAAUUUUGUUUAACUUUAAAAAAAAUGUAUGUCAAAUUUCUUUACAUUGUAAGAUGUAAAAAUAUGCAGGCAUUUAAAGAACAAUGUUGUAGCACCCCCUUUCUGAUGCAAUGCUUACACUCUAAAUAAAGAAUUAUUUUAAAAAAACAUAGACAAAGAAAACACAUUUACAUUGUGAAUAUUUAACAUUGUUGAGCAAAAACAUAUAGAAAAAGAGCUAUUUUCUUUUCUUUCUUUGCCUGAAAUUAAAAUCAGACCCUUGGUAUUGUUUGAUCUCUCAAUUAAUUUAAUGAAAUUCAUAUGCAGUCGUCACAACCCUCCCCACAAUCCCCGUUGAGUACUACACAAAUGGAAGCCAUGUGAUGGUAAGAAUGGUAAAAGAUCAGAGUCUGAAUGGAUUGUACCUUGUAGUGUUCCAUCUAACUAUUAUUAUUAGCUAAUGUUUUACCGCAUAGCACAUGUACAAUAUGAAAUCAGUGGCACAUUGUCAUUACCAACCCAUGCUGCUGUCGUUAACGCUGGAUGUUGAUCUGGAAACAAACAAGAUGACGUUAAUUUACUAAACAUUGAGCUGUGGAGAAUUUUAACCUACAUUGCAUGAUCAGUAAACCAUUAUUUAGAGUUUUGUUAAUAAAUCCCAUGUAUUGUAAUGGUAAAUGUGAAUCAACCUAGCCAUCUGAUAUAGCUACUAUGAAAUCUCAGACUGAUUUUACCCAUGUUCCCUUCAUGUGCCUACUCCUAUUUUAGUACAUUGGUAUUUUCUCCGCAUGACAUCAGGGCUGGCAUGGUGGCAAUAAACACUUAUCUAUAAUACUAUCAGUGCAUGUCAGUUUCUGGGUGCAUACAGCCCAAAGUCACAAACCUGUGCACAGUCCAGAAGUUUUAUUCCUACUGGGGUGCAGGCCAUGAAUGUUGUCUCUUGGGUUGUUACGUCUGUAGUUACGUUCAGUAGAGUGUAUCUACUGGUUCAUGCUGGCAUGGUGUAUGGUGUCUUAGGAGGGUUCACACACAAUCUGAGAAUGUUGGGUUUUAUUGACAAGGUUAGAACACACCGUUGCAUUUAUUAAUUCUAUAUACAUAUUUUUCAGUAUAUAUAUUUUGAAUAUGAAACUGAAGCCAAGAAUGCAUUUACAUUUUUGGAUUGAAUUAUGUGUUUUACAGUAUGACUUCCAGUUUCGUAAUGAAUUACACAGAUAGUGUUGGAGACGUAAAACAAAUAAAAUUAAAUAAACUGCAGAUGAAGUCAAUUUUGUGAAUAUAUCAGCUGGACAUUACAGGCAUAAAAUAUCUUAAAAUUAUAAAUUGGGUUUCAAUUACUGCAUAUGUAUUUAUGUAUGCGUAUAUUUCCACUUGUAAUGUAUUGUGUUUGCAUCUGUGAAUAAAGUGAGUGUACGCAGCUCUGUAAAUACAUGCAAGGUCAUUAAUACUGUUAGAAGUGAGGGGAGUAAAGGGGGGGUUUAAGGUUUGAGAGGAGCUAACAUGGGGUGUUUAGUGUUAUAAGGAUUAGCUGAAGAGGAGUUGUGGUAUAACGAGUGUUUACAAUUAUUCAGUUUACGGGCAGAGUUGCUUAGUGUUUAAGUGGAGAUAAACCUAGGAUUAAGGUAAAGGUUUUUUCAGAUUUAGACUUUGAGUGCUUAAAUGUGGGACUAAUGAAGGGGUCUGUUUGGUUAUGGGAGGGGUUUACAUUUAGGGUAAGAGAAAAUGAAUAUUUAGAGCUUGUGGAGUUUGAAGGGUUAUUUGCAAAGUAUUCACUCUAGUGUGUCUUCUGUAGUACAGUCAUCUAUGAUUGAUAACAGAGAUGCAGAAGUUGUUAUACUGUGUGCGUCUCUUAGCACUGUCCUUUGUUCAAUGUGCAUCACUCAGUGCUGUCCCUGCUCUUCCUGCAAGGCAUUUCCUAUGUGAGAGGCUGUUAGUGGGCAGAUAGGAAAUUAUCCCUUAUACUUCCUGUCCAGCCUCACACACAGAGACUGGAAUAGCUGCGACAGCACAGAGUUUUACACCCUCCAUAACUGUUCCUGCAGCUCUUUUAUCAAGUAUAGGAGGCUGACGGAACUACAGAGGACAUUGGCCAAGGCUCCUGGUAUUUAUCUCUCCCCAUCCACGCACUUGAGUUCCAAAGAGACACAAUAAAGUACUGAAAACAUGCCUCCACUGCAGGUGCCUUCUCUACGUUAUGUGAAAUCUGGCCCUGUGCAAGAGUACAUGUAUGUAUACGGAAAUACCAGGGUAUACAUUCACUGUUGCGAUAAUCUCAAAUCAGACACCUGAGAGUGCAUUCACCAGACGUGUUUUAUAUUUACUGCUUUUGCGUUCCUCACUAUAGUAUAUGCUUCAAUAGUGGCUGAAGGAUUUAGAAAGUGUAGCUUUCAGAGAAGUGAUUGUUCCUGUCUAAGUCAUAUAAUAUUACUACUACUCAACAUGUCUGGUACUUAUUUUCUUGAUGUCAGAAGGAUAAAAAGCAGAGUAGACCCACAAGAGUCUUUAAACAUAGUGACCUAGUUGUUCAAUUGUAGUUUUUUCCCCCAUUAUUUUUAUCUUUUCCAAGAAAAGAACCAAUGGCUUUAAUGAAAUUAGAAUUUGAUAAAUCACAAGUUUAAAUAUUGUAAUGCUAUUUUGAAAGAAUAUUAUUGUAAUAGGGAUUUCUGCCCCACUAACUCUCAGCGAGGACAGCCGAGCCGUAAGAAUGAAGAGGUUUCUGAAAGUCUUGCUAAUUCUUGUCGUGAUGGAAGAAGUUGUGUCUCAAAACAAGCGUGCUAACAAAGUUAACCUCAGGAUUCCAACACGCAACAGAAAACCCCAGCAGACGAACAUUGAGGAGGGUCCAACUGGUGUCAAGGAAGAACCAUAUGCUACUUACCCUUCCAUUGUAAACCCAUUGGUUCAAACAAGAAUUCCAACAUCAGAACCACAGCCUAACCAAAAGUAUUCUGAAGAUAUGAAGCUUUAUUUUUUGAAGAACACAAUGGCAGCCUGCAAUGAUGGUACAACAGCUGGGUAAGGAAUGGAUGCAGUCCGUGCAUAUACAAUUCUAGCUCAAGUUAACCUGUCCAUAUCUAAAUUAACAAUUUUAUGCCUAGAUGCCCAUAACACUGCCACAACCAUAUUUACAUGUAAUAGGGGAUCGUAUAACAUUAUUCUAUUUUUUAUUUCUCCCAGGUAUUAUUUAAGAGAAGCAAAAGGAAAUAAACGAUGGAUCAUAUUUUUGGAAGGUAUUGCUGAAUAACAGAAUGAAAAAAUAAAUUGUUACUUAACUGCCAUACUUUUUUAUGACAUGUUAUAUAAGAUGUUUAUAUGAAAUAUUAUAUGUUUUUUGAGCCUGCUACAUGUAUUAGGCUCACAGCGAUCACAUGCUUUGUUGAAAAGAUGUAUGACCCAUUGAUGCAAUAAUGAUGGCAAUGGACUCUGCUAUCAGACCUUGCACUUAAUGAAAAACUGUACUAUCACCCUAGAAAUGUAAAGUUUCAAAGAACCUAUGGAACACUAUAAAUUAGGACUGGGAACUCUUUAAAUGUAACAUCUCAAUUGGUGGAUCUUAGGGCAAAAUUAGUUUGGUGGUCUUCACUUCCUGGAUGAGUUCUCUUAAUGUAUCUCCCAUAUCUUUCACACUGUCUUCCUCAGAGUAGCUACCCUUUCAAAAGAAAAAUUAGUAGUAAUUCUGGGGCAUAGACCCACCAUUUGUAUCAGCUCUUCCCAUAAUGUUAUUGAUCUCCCAGUGCAGAUCUACUGAGCUUGUUGGUGUUCUGGACCUAGUCAUUACAUGAAUUAUGUCAGUGGUAUAUAAGCAAAAGACUUCAAGUAAAUAUUUAGAAAAGAAGGUGCUGAACAACUGUUUUAGUAAAAGCAGAAAAAAAAUAAAAAUAACAUUCAAAAUCAAUAUCAUGCCUAUGUACCUGUAAGUGUUUUCAGUGUAUUUGGCUUUCUAUAAUUUCAAUAUUUUUUUUACAACUAGGAGGUUGGUGCUGUUACAGCAAGGAAACAUGUGAUGUUAGAUAUAAGAGUGCCAAGCGUUUAAUGAGUUCCUCUGAAUGGCCACCUACCAGGAAAGGUAAGUCAAUUUUACCAUGUGAAAAAUUAUCCAGACAAACCAAAAUCUAUAAAAAUUUAUAUAUUUUGCAGUACACUAGAUUUGUAAAUUAAAUCGACAUUUACUGGACUCACCUAGCCAUCAAUCUUCUUUUCCAUUAAUCAUCUUUUUUUUUGUCACCACAGAUAGAACUCCCACAUCACAAAAACAAAUUAAAUGACCCGUCCAUUACCUGCCUCUUCAUCUUUCUUGAUUCGUUCAUAUAGUAUUUUGGAAUUUGGACUAAUCACCAAACAUUCAGUCAAUUAGCAGCUCACUAAGAAUGCAGCUUCAAAAUGGAUGCUGUCCAGGAGGUGGGAGGGUCUGGGAAGGAGGGUAUGCUGCUGAUUGGCUGGAAUGUGUCUGCGGACUGUGAGGUACAGGGUCAAAGUUUACUCAAUGAUGAGUCCGUGGCGAACCGUUCGCGAACCGUUCGGCGAACCGUUCGAGACAUCAUUAGCUCUAAUAUACCUGGGUACUAUAGUUAGAGACAAAUAUAGUUGGUGGAUAGCAAGCACAAAUCUGUAAAGAAUACAAAACAGUACAAUAGUGCAGAUAAAAUGGACUGUAAUAGAAGGUAUGGGUGAAGAAUAUUGAACUCACAAGGAGAGAGCCAAUAAGUCACCUGGCUCCAGUGUAUAGCGCUUCUGGAUCCUUUAGGGAGAUCCACAACCCUCUUCCUUAUCCUUGUAACCCGGUGGUCAUCAGUAGGGAAAGGCAGGAAACCUGAGGGUAUUAGAAAAUAAGUACAUUUAUUAAAUAAAAUAAAAAACAUAAAGUAAACUCUGAUCGAAUGAUCAAUAGACUUAAAACCAAAUGGUAAUUCAGUCCAAAAUGAGUUUCACCAGAAACUGGCUUCCUCAGUUGGUGAAUAGUGUGAGUUUGGAGAUUCCAUCUUUUAUACCGUAUUGAUUGAGAAAUCGCCGGCAUUUGUGUUCCUGGAAAUUGAUUCUAUGGAAUGCACGUUCUGUCUAUUGGAUAGCACGUUUUGUCCGGCAUCCAGUCAUGUGGGUCGGAGGGACACGGUCUGCGUUUCAGUCCAUGUUGUUGCUUCCUUCUUUAUGGAACGCACAUCUGCGUUCCACUGAUGUGCUUCUUCAGCGGGAGUGCCUGCCAAAUGAUUACAAUGUUAUGUGUGGAACGCAUAUGUGUUCCAUUUGAAAGUUCAUAAUGCAGCAUAAGAAUUCAUAGAUAAAAUAAAGGAAAUACAAACCAGAUAGAUAGAAUCACAUACAUGUACCAUAUAAAAUAAGAUGCUUGUAGAGUAUGUAAAACAACAUAUAUGAGUACUAUAUUAAGGAAUAAUAAAUACAAGCACUUCAUUAAAAAUAAGAUAUUGCAUACAUAAUGGAGCGGGAAUUCAGACCACUAUAUGAUAUUGAAUUAUUAUAAUACACACAAUUUGAUACAUUUUUCAUAAAAAAUAAGAUAUUGAUAGAAUACAUGGAGUAUUAUGGAGUGCAUAAAAAUGCAUAUAUGAAUACUUGGAACAAAACAAAUACAUUUAAGGGCUGUUUUAAAGUGAGGUAGACAAUGAAGGGAGAGAUGAGACCACAUUAUGAUAUACCAUCAAUGUGUGUCACACUUUAGAAACUGGAGAGGAAAUAGAAUAUAAAAAUGGCUAGGAAUAUUUAUAAAAAAAUUCUAUUUAAAAAAACUAGUUCUUUAAAAAGGCCUAGAAAAAUGAUUUAACGUUUAAAAGCAAGGAAUGAAUAAAAGAAUAAAUAAAAGGUUAAGUUAAAAAGUGACAUAGUUCGAAAUCUAAAUUCAAACCAUGGGGAGUAAUGUAUUAAAAUUGAAAAUAAAUUUCAUUUUCAAAUCUCCUGCAUGCAAAACAACCUCCACACCCAUAAAAACCUUUUGAUGGGUCUUUGAAGUUGCUUUUGACUAACAUAUUCUUCACAUUUCUACAACCCUUAUAUACAAUCUUGGGUGUUUUUGGUAGUAUGCUCUUAAGAAUUGGAUCAUCAGAGAGAAAAUACCAAUAUUUGUUGAUGGCAUUCUGUACUUUUUUAUUGUUUGCGGAGAAGUUGCAAAUGAACUGGAUCUCUGUUUUGUUAAAAUCCUUACUCUGUCUUUUCUUUCCAUCCUUUUAACUUCUUCCAUAGUUUUUGCAAAUCAUUUUCUCUAUAGCCCUUUCUCAGUGAACUGUUCUUUGAUUAUGUCAGCUUGGCGUAAAAAAUCUUUCUCUUGUGUACAGUUUCUUUUUAUUUGCAUAAAUUGGCUGUUUGGUGCGUUAGUAAGUGUAGUGACAAUUUUUUAGGUCUAUAUAACUAUUUGAGUUGACCUCUUUAAAAAAGUUCUAUAUAACCAUUUGAGUUGACCUCUUUAAAAAAGUUUGUUUGUGUGUAUUGCACCAUUCUCUAUAAAUAUAGUGAGGUCUAAAAAGUUUAUUUCCUUUUUGUUUUUUGUGGAUGUUAGGAUAAUUCUCAUGUCGUUCAUAUUCAGGUAGGUUAAGGAAUUAAAAAGACUGGGUUCCCAGUACACCAUGAAUAAGUUGGGGUAACUGAAUGCGAACUUGGUUCCCAUUGCCGUUCCAUUGAUCUGUAAAAAUAAACUGUCUUUGAACCAAAAAAAGUUGUUCGUGAGGAUUAAAAAAAAUACCCUUAAUAAUAAAAUCUAUUUGUUCUUUUUUAAAAUUCGAUUUGUUUAAAAAAUAUUUAACUGCCUCUGUUCCCUUAUUAUGUGGGAUGAUACUGUAAAGGGAACUUACAUCACAUGUAACCAAUAUGAAAUGAUCCUUCCAUUUAAUACCUUCAAGUAAUUGUAGUACAUGAAUUGUGUCUUUCAAAUAAGAUGGAUUUUUUAUUAAUAUUGGUUGGAGUAGUGUAUCAAUAUGCUCAGAUACUCUCAACGAGAUACAAUCUACUCCAGAAAUAAUUGGUCUGCCAGGAGGAUUGGUUAGGUUUUUAUGUAUCUUGGGCAGGUAAUAAAAAACAGGAAUCUUGGGAUUUAAAAUAGAUAGAUAUUUGGCUUCUGCUCUGUUAAAAUAUUAUUUUCCAAACCUUCACUUAUAUAUUUCUUAAAUAUUUCUUCACUGGGGUUGGAUUUUAGUUUUUUGUAAGUAAUCUCAUCUAGGUGGAGUCGCUCUGCUUCUUUUACAUAAUUAUCACUUGAUAAAACCACGACUCCUUCCCCUUUGUCAGUCGGUUUUAUUACAAUGUCGUCAUUUUUUUGUAGGUUCCUCAGGGCUUUUGUUUCUGUUUGGGAAAUAUUUUUUUUUUUUUUAUAUUUAUUUGUUUUGUUUUAAUUUUAUUAACUUCCUUCAUUAUCAUUGUCUUAAAUGUUUUAAUUCCUGGGAGAUCAUAUUUUUUGGGAAAGAUCUAGAUUUUUAUUUUAGAUUGCUAUGUAUAUAUGUGGUUGUAGUAUCUGUAUGUGUUAUUUCAUUUUUAUUAAAAAAAAAAAAAAUCAUUGUCUUAUAAAACGAUUAAGAUGUAUAAAAAAAAAAUCAAAAGUUGGAGCAAAUUUCAAGCCUUUCUUAAGAAUCUCAAGCUAAUCUCGUUCUAGUGUUUGGUUGGAGAGGUUGAAUCUGCCUCUACUUACUACAUCCUUCCUCUCUUCUCUUUGUUAAAGGGUCUUGUCUCUUCUAUUUCUCAUUUUUCUACAGACCUUUGGCAUUUUCCCAGAGAGCCCCAAGCCUUGGAUCUCAUAUCUAUUAGUUGAGGAAGCAUUGGGAACAUGUGUUCUGUCUUGAUUUUUGUAAUUUUUUUGAAGGAUUAGUGACUACCUCGCUGUAGCGUCUGGUAUUUUCAUGUCGUCUUGUAGUAUUCCUCUGUUUGUCUGACCUCUGUUCAGGUUUGUUUCUCAUUCUUCCUUCUGGAUUACUUUGAGGUGGAUGAUUUAUAAUUUAUGGAAUCCAGUUUAUGGUGAAACACUUUUUGGACUGAAUUACCAUUUAGUUUUAAGUCUAUUGAUCAUUCAAUCAGAGUUUAGUUUAUGUGUUUUAUUUUAUUUAAUAAAUGUACUUAUUUUCUAAUACCCUCAAGUUUCCUGACUUUCCCUACUGACGGCCACCAGAUUACAAGGAUCCACAGGAGGGCUGUGUAUCUCCCUACAGGAUCCAGAAGCACUUUACACUAGAGCCAGGUGACUUAUUGGCUCACUCCUUGUGAGUUCAAUAUUCUUCACCCAUACCUUCUAUUAUAGUCCAUUCUAUCUGCACUAUUGUACUGUUUUGUAUUCUUUACAGAUUUGUGCUUGCUAUCCACCAACUAUAUAGUACCCAGGUAUAUUAGAGCUCCGCUUAUACAUUUUUUUGUGUGUUUCAUUUAUUGUGGGGGUUAAGGGGAUCCCUCACAUAAGUGUUGAGCCACUUCUCAUCCAUUGUAUGUUUGUAUAUUUUUUUUGUAUUUUGAAACACAUCAUCAGCUUACUCACAAAACUAUGCAUAGUGGUCAGUUGAUCAUGUAAACGUAAAACCAAUGGUUUACCCAAUCCCAGUGCUCCAUUAUGUUCAAUGGACAUCUCACAUAUCCAUGAUCAAGCAUGUAGGUGGCCAUAACUUAAGCUCUUUCACAGUAAACUAUGAUGGAGCCUGCGUGGAACGCAAGAACUUGGAUCUGUAUAAGAGGAAGUAUGGUGUCCUCGGGAGUCGAAAGCAGGGUGUCCAGAAAAUAUAACUCCCGAACGUACGAAAAGGGAAACACAUGAACUAGGCAGUAUAUUCUGCCACAUAUAGUAACAUUACAACUUUGAUUAAUAUGAAUACAAACCUUUAUAGUGUGAUAUCACAUAACAAUGGGUCACAAAAUUGUAGUCUCUUUUGUUGCUCUUGUCAUUUUAAAGCUGUGGAACACAUGGCUCUUAGAUUCAGAUCACUCUAUACUAGACUAUUUGAUCACAGAGGGUCAUUCUGGUUCUGAUUAAAAACCAGUGUCUGCAGCCACCUAUAUUGUAUUUAUUAGUUAUCUACUCAAUGCAUUUUGUUAAAGGAAAGGGUGCUUUUCUACUCACCACUGAAUUGUACUGCAUAAAAAAACGAAUUGCAAAGUUCAGGCUAAAAUAACCAAACUCUGAGCGUAGCUGAGUUGCAAGGAUUUUCUUUUUCCCUAUGGUUGAGUAACACAGACAGAACAAAAAAUGGGGGGACCGAGAGAGGUUAUAAGUGAGAGAGACGAUAAACACAUAAAAAUCACUUGGAAUCAUAAAUACCCUGUCAAUGACCCACAAGUACAGGCCAAACUUCACCUCUGGCAAAUGACAGAGAAUUGUGGGGAAUGUAGCUCAAUAACAAAUAUCCAUAUGUGAUUUCUUUCUUGAAAGGUUAUCCAAUUUUCUACUAAUAUUUUUUAUUGGCAGGUACAGGAAUUCUGUCAGCUAAACAUAGUGAAAAUCCUCACUGGUGGAAUCUCAAUGCUGUGUGAGUCUCAACUACAUUUUCUUCUCCAAGAUGCAUGAGCAUCAAAUUAUAAGAAAUGAGUCAACAAGUGCCAAAAUAUUCUACACAGUAUUAAAGCAAUUUGUAGGAAUUGCUCGGUAAAACCCAAUAUUUGUGCACUGUGACAGUUGUAUACACUACCUAUAUUUUUUAUAUAUAUAUAUAUAUAUUUUAUUAUUACUCUUAUUAUAUACAAUUUAUAUCCAGACACACGCACACAUACACAGGAUAUACAUAAGUAUUCUCAAGUCAAGUCUAAAACUCGGACACAAACAGUUUCUAACGUCGCAUUGGUCUGUUUUGUGUUAUUCUUGUUCAUAGCCCCUACGUCAAUGUCCUUUGACCUUUUAUUAUUUCCCCCUUGCCCUAGGCACAUAUUUACUGGCAAUGGCCCAUUGGUCAUUAUUGGCCAGCUCCAUUUUCACUUUAUCCGUUUAGUAAACAACUAAAAACUAGUAUUAAAGUAAUCUAUCCCUAUGCACAGCAAACAAAUGAUUAAAGGUUUGUUGUAGUCAGUUGGGAAAAAUAAAUUCAGUCUAGUUAGUCAUCUUGCUCCAACCCAUUAAAUGACAUAAGUCCAUUAUUAUCCCUUUUAUCUCAUUAUGUAUAAAAUGAUACAAUUCUGUUUUUUUUAGGUUUGUGCCUUACUGCUCUAGUGAUAUCUGGAGUGGGAACGUAUCUAAAUCACAAAGCGGUAUGUAUUAUUCCAUAAUGAUUUUGCACAUCACAGAGCAUAUUAUUUUUACUAUUAAAUAAAGCCUCCAGUGUCAGAUUAUAUUGCCAAAGUGGUUUAGUGUUGAUUUAUAUACAACACAUUGAACAAUUUGACUGAUUUCUGACAUUCUAUCAUUUGUUUUUGUUCCUAUUCAAUGGGAUGUAAUAUCACACCAAGGCACUGAACAGGACUGGUGAUGUGCUGGAGUGAAAAGUCUGCCCUCCGGAGCAAGCCCCAUUGUCCUAACCUGUUAUGGUAUAUUUCCUAACUUUAACCACUCUGUAAUCCUUACCUCUUAUGCUACUUCCCAAUCGAUCUUUAAUCUUUCAUUCUAUAGUCUAACCAAUUGUUUACUCUAACUCAGCAUACUAUUCCCUAACUUUUCCCUAACCCUAGCAGCAUUCAGUACUGCCGCAGUCAAUUUAAGUCACCAAAUAGUCAAGUACCAUCCAGCAGCUUCCUUGGUCCUCUAUAGUUUGGUCUUCCUCUUGACCUCAUCCAACCUUCUUCUCGCCUGUCCUGCUUAUUGCAAAUCAUCUGACCUCACUAACUUCUUUCCAUUGUUCCUUGUUAUGCACCAUUAUAUCCAUCGCUCUGAUCUCUACCUAAUUCACCCACAUCCCAAUAUAAAUCCAAGGUGGAUUUUACCAGAUUCUAAUGUUUAAUGUGUUCUUUGAUAACGAUAUAAUUAAUGUGCUUAUUGAUCACCUUCUUAUUCAUAAUGUGUAAGUGGUUGCUAUUUAUGAAAAAUAUAAUAAAUCAAAUAAUAAAAGUAAUUUUUUGGGGAAUUGUAAAUAGAAAAGAAAAUAGUCGAUUUACAAAGGGUUGGUGUUAGUGUAUAAGAGUUAUCAAUAGAUUAACAUUUAAUGAGUCAAGUAACUUAAUUUAACAAUAUACAAUGUACCAAAAAACAUAUUUAACCAAAGUGGUGGUUUUAAUGAUUCAUAAAUGAAAGUACACUAUAUGUUUGUUCUCACAUCUUUAAGAAAAAAAGAUGCAUGAUAGCUUUUUUUCUCUCAUUUUGAAGACUAUGCUUUCAUGGGCUCGAUGAUAAUUCAGGAGGUGAUUCGAGAUUUAGUGCCAAGGGGUAUUAAGCAAGCAAAAGUCAUCAUCCUGGCUGGAUCGAGGUAUGUUUUUUUUUAGAAAACAAGACAUGAGCAACAAACAUUAAUUCUUUGAAACUGUGUUCUGUAAAAGGGAAGUAUAAUUCCUCUUGUAUUUACACAAUUGAAUGGGAUACUGCAAAUCACCUAUAGUCAGGGGUAGACAACCUUUUAUUAGUAUUGUGACAAAACAAGAUCUUGAAGUUCCUUGGCGUGCCGGUCCUAUUUUUUAAAAUUGGAGUGUGUAUGUUCUGCUUGUGUUAUUUAUGGUUGCUGCAGUUGCUUUGUAGCGUUGCAUUUGUGCGUAUAUGGGCUGUUAUAUUGUAUAUGUUCAUGAGUAGUUUGUGAUAUUGUGUAUGAUAUCUAUGAAUGUGGGCUGUGUAUAGGGGCUGCUUGUGGAAUUGUGUGUGUAAAUGAUAUGUCACAUUCUGUGUUUAGUGAUGUGUGUAUGUGUGGGGCUGCUUGUGGUAUUGCAUGUGAGAAGCUUGUAUGUAGAUUUUCAGUGGUGUUGUGUUUGUUGGGAUUGUGUGUGUGGGAGGGGGAGGAUUUUUUUGGAGCUCUGUGUAUAUCUAGCAGUGUGGGUGGCUUCCUUGGGGUCCAGUGGGGACCCAUUUGGCAAGGUACAGGCCAAGGGCAAGAGCUGCGAUAGCUACAGCGGCCUGUUCUACUCUAGUGCGGAAUCCAGUUCACAAGUACUGGGAGGAAGAGAUUAGAGAUCGUAGCAGGUAUCUGAAGUCCCACUUGGACUUGGACCUGUUUGGCUCUGGCAGCCUCGAGUGCCGUGCAUAGCAUACGUGCCAUAGGUUGCUGACCCUUGACCUAUAGUUUGUCAACUUUUUUUUCAUGAGAUGAUCUCUUUUCUUUCAAAUUUAUAUUACAAAAUUAUCAAAUGACAUCAUAAUCCACUUCGAACAAGGCAGACAUUGUAACCGAAGAGGAGAAAUAGAAUUAUUGUUUCAUAUCUCCUCUUCUCUGUCUGCUUUCUCUUAAUGUUGAUCUUGAACUUACUGUAUGUUGAUCUUUGUAAAACCAGUGUAACACAUCACACUGACGUCAUAUCCGAAUGCUUGGAGUCCAUAACAUAAGCAUGGCAAUCUUGUGAUACUUACGUACAUACGUAAUAUUGAUUGUGAUAUUGGUUAAAGGCUAUAAACGUGAAGUCAGAUAUUAUGUAAGUCUUGGACUUUGCUAUAUAACUGGUUGAAUAUUCCAAGUAACCUGUUGUUACCUGAAAAAACAAAUUUCUUGUUUAGUUUAACUCUGUUCCCAUAACAACCACCAGGUAUAAAGGCAAUACAAGUAUCUAAGAUAGAUGAACUAAUUAGUUGGAUAAAGAUAUGUGUAUUGCUAUAUUUAAUUGUAUUUUCACACUUCACAAAUACAUAUUUGCUAAAUAUUGGAAUCAGUAAAUAUAAUAUUAAAAAUUGUGGGAAGUAACAGUCUCUCUUUAAAAUUUUAGGCUCAUAGUUAAAGUGAAAAGAGAAUAAUCAGUAGAGGGGAAACAGGAGGAGCAGUAACAGAUAAAAUAAAUAUAGAUAUAUAUUGUAUGUGUAUGUAUAUGUGUGUGUAUAUAUAUAUUCUCAUCAAACUUUAAACAGUAUAUACUUGAAAACAAGUGAAGUUCCAGUCUAUUUUUAUUGAUAAAACAUUUUUUUUUUAAAUUCCUCUGCUUCCAUUUGGAAAUCCGGUCAUGGUACCAAUGCACCCACUACUCGUUUUAUCCCUGAAUUAGCAUACAGAAGACUAGAUGUAAUUGUAACAAUACAAAGUACACUGAGUAGGCAUCAUAAUCUGAAUAGGCAUUUACUGCGUAUGUUACUAUGGCUAUUUACAAAUAUAUUCGGGGCCAAUACAAACCAUUGCGUGGAAAUCUAUUCACAAACCGGACUUUACAUAGGACACGAGGACAUGAGUUUAGACUGGAAGAAAGACGAUUUUGUCUAAGACAAAGAAAAGGUUUUUUUUUUAAUGUAAGAACAAUAAGGAUGUGGAAUACUCUGCCUGAAGAAGUGGUUUUAUCAGAGUCCAUACAGAUGUUCAAACAGCAACUAGAUGCAUACUUGCAAAAACAGAAUAUUCAAGGAUAUAAUUUUUCAUGUAGGGUAACAGAUUCUUGAUCCAAGGAUAAAUCUGACCGCCAUACUGGGGUCAAGAAGGAAUUUUUUUCCUAGUUUGUUGCAAAAUUGGAAGUGCUUCAAACUGUUUAGUUUUUUUUGCCUUUUUUUGGAUCAACAGCAAAAAACAAAUGUGAGGAAGGCUGAACUUGAUGGACGCAAGUCUCUUUUCAGCUAUGUAACUAUGUAACAUUUGGCCACUUGCUUGAUACGUUUAAGAAAGAACACAGAUUACCUCCUUGCCGUACUCUAGUACACUAAAAACUACUUUUAUUAAAUAUACCAUGUAAUACCCUGAUUCCUUGUCAUACCAUACCAUGUUAUUGGCCAGCCACAGUCUAACACAGUUGUAUCUAAACCAGUUCUCAAGGCACCCCACCAGUCCAAGAUUUAGGGAUUACCCAGUUGUGCCUAAGGUGUUUAUAGAAAAAAAAAACACCUUAGACACAACUAGGUCAUCCCUAAAUCCUGGACUGGUGCCUUGAGGACUGGUUUGGGAGUGGCUGGUCUAACAUAAUAUCCUGUGUUAUAAAGUAACAGUUUUUAAUAAGAAAAUUUGCUAUUGCGUGUAAUGCAUUACAAUUCGAUUAUGAAGGACAAACACGUUCAAAGCCUAAGUGCCUUCCUUCAUCUAAUCAUUAAGUAACCACAGAGGAAAAAAUAUAUGACUUACUGAUUAAUUAAUUUAAUCCUAUCAUGUAUUUACCUCUUUCUCACUUCCUGCUUUGCAGUGCUGGUGGUGCCGGAGUCCUGAUGAAUAUUGACAGAGUGACUGCAAUGGUGGAAGAGCUGACUGGCGAUAAUGGCCAAGUCCGGGGUCUCAUUGAUUCUGGAUGGUUUAUUGACCCUAAAAAUGCAAAGCAGUCUGAUUGUGCAGAUGCCACCAUGUGCGCUGUAACCGAUGCCAUCAAAAAAGGAUUAACGUAAAUGACCAAUUAAUAAAAUGUCCCCUCUCAUUAAAAGGAUUAUUACUUGUGAUAUUUAGUAGAGAUAAGUGUAUACUAAUUAGUGGUAAUGACAGUAUAUUGGUUAUAAAUUAGGAUAAAAUAGGGUAUUCCGAAGAUUUUACUACUGUCUUUUGUUCUGAUUCCACUUUCAGACCUCACUUAUACCAGUAUAUGAAAGAAAAGGAGUCAUCACUCAUUUACAUAGCAAAUAAAAAAAAAAAAUAGAAAUUUUUUUAACUAAAUAUAAAGGCAAACCGGGUGGUUACUGUGUAUAGUGCGCUUACAGAUUUAGUUUAAUGAAAAGCAGCUACACACUCUAGUGGGAUCCUCCUAUUCCCACUAUAUACUGUAGUGAACGAAAACAAAUCAGUUAGAUGUGAGUGAAGACCCAAAUCUAUACUAAGAAAGGGAGUGGAGCGCUAUAUAAAGUACAAAAAAUAAUACACUUACUCCAAAUUAGGGUGUAAGGUUCACAUUGACAUUCAGUGCGUAUAAGGAAACACAAAUUAAAAUAAUAUAGUGUAGACCCGUGAGAUGGUAUAGAUACACAAUAUAGUUGUAAAUAUAUCAAACUCAUAUUGAUGAGAGCCUCUAGGGGACAGGCUCAAAUAACUUCAGCGGUAGUGUCGUUGGUGACACUGAACCCUUUAGAAUGGUGUAUAUAUAAAAACCAUGUCAUCACUGGAGGACUGCUAAUUCCCAAGUUGCUGUCCACCCAACGCAGUUCAUGUUAGCCUUCCUCAGGGAUAAAAUAAAAUGUCUGAUAAAACAGUUAAUCCUGUGGUCCCGGUUUUAUCCUCUAUUAAUUGAUUUUCCUUCCUCUCCAUUGGUGCUCAUUUCCAUCAUGUGACAGCUGAUCCAACCUUCAUCCUCAAACACCACGUGGCCUGUUCCACUGCAUUUCUCUGUGUUCCAUAUCUGAAUGUAAAUCCUUUGUGAUAGUAGACCUUUCGUUCAUGCUAUGUUAGUCCAAUGAUCCGGUUUCCUAUAUAAUCCCAUACUUGAAUAACUAUUUACCCACCCCUAGCGCAACAUUAAUCAAGAAUGAUAUUUAGAUUCAUUAAUAUAUUUUUUUGUGUGAAUAGUAUGAACUACAUUUAUACAUUUAUACUAUUUGAGGCUGGUUUUCUAUACUUGAAUGCUCCUGGUAUAAAAUUGGAUCUGCCCAUGUCUUUGCUGACAUUAUUGAUGAUCUACUUCUUUCUAUAAAGUUGCUUAUCAAUGUAUUGAUACUACUGAUACUGUGUUGCACAUUUUCCAUUUUGAGAUUGAAUAUCUAUAUAUAUAUGGAAAACUGCCAUCUUUGUUUCUGAUUAUUUAAAACCUAAGACUAUAUAUAUUAUAACCUAUAUGUGUAAUAUUUUAUGGUGCAUACAUAUAAGUAAAUACCUAUUUUUUGCUGUAUUGGAGCAUCAAUCUUUAAAGCCUCUCUGGUCAGUUGCCCAGCUUCUCCGACCAAAAACCCGCUAGUGGCACUUCCAACCAAAGAGGGCUAAGGAUGGAUCACCUCCAUGAGGCUAUAAAUAUCUAAAAUUAUUGUAAUUGUAGUGAGAAGCAUAAUGGUUUAAUUAUUUACACAGUUACUAACUAUGUCAUUUGAGACAGUGGGAGAAACACAAAGCCAUAAUACUAUGGGCCACAGGACGGCUAGGGUGAGCUCAAAGCUAAAGAGAUAAUAACUGGUAUUUUAACAGAUGAUCUUACUCUCAUCUAUAAAUUGCACAUAAAUGCAUGUACAUUGGAAGAUACAGAUACACUGACAUUGAAAACCACCCAUAACAUGUGCUAAUACUUUCCCCAUAAUGUUCUUUUUUUUUCUUUUAAAUUUACAUUAACGAUCUAUAAAUUGACAUAACAAUCCAGUUUAGUCAUGGCACAGUCAGGACACGAGUUGCAUUAACGGAGGACAAACAGAAACAUUGCUUCUGCUUCCUCUCCUCUAAUAUAGAACUAUAUAUAUGUUUACAUGCAUAUAACAAUGAUUGAUAGGGAAUCAAGAUAACGGCACUCGGCUCCAGGAUAUAAGUAUUUACACUGUUGUGUGUUUCUACAAUUAACUUUAGUUUUCAUUCCACACAAACAUGUAUUUUUUUAAAUAGAGAGGAUAAGUUAUAUCACAAUAUUAAAAUUGCUGGGAAGCAAUCUCUGUAAAGGCCAGUAAUCCAGAGAUCUCAUUCUUCCAAGACUAGGUAUGUGAAUGUGCAGAUAUGCAAAGUAUCAUAACAUAUUAGUUUUGUGUUAUAAAAGAAUAUUUAGAUAUAUACCUUCUGCAUUAAACAAACGUCGAUUUACCUUUUAUUUACAGGCUCUGGAAUGGAGUCCUUCCUGAGAAAUGUAAAGAGCAGUUUAACCGAGGGGAUGAGUGGCAAUGCUUUUAUGGUCCCAAGUUAUAUAAAUCCAUGAAAUGUAAGUUAAUUGCGUUUAAUACGACACAAAUUUGCUGCGUACCUUAUUAAGGUGUAUAUAUUUUUAAUUGGUCAAAGACGAAAAACUCAUCAGGAAUGGAACUAAUCUGCACUCCAGUCAAACAUAAAGAACUUAAGGCAGUUGCGAUACAUAUGUGACAUCUUUUAACAAUCGGAUGCUCAUAGUUCAGUAUUGUUCUAUGUUUGCUUACAGGUAUAUUUAUUUUACAGCUCUUAUCUUAUGUGUUGCAACUGAUACAGUAUUUUUUUUAUCUUGCUGCUCCUUUGUUUGCUUUGUAGCUCCAAUAUUUCUGGUUCAGUGGCUGUAUGAUGAGGAGCAGCUAAGAAUGGAAAAUAUUCAGCCAGAAUUCCGAUCCAUGACUGCGAACCAGUGGAACAACAUACAGAACAUUGGACGAGAGCUUAAGAAAUCACUGCGUGAAGUGCCGUAAGAGAUAAACCUAAUUUUAGAUCAAAGACUUAAGUACCAGAUUUUUGGCAUUCAGCUCACUUGUCCUAGUCACUUGUCCUCUCUGUGUUUAAACUUAGAUGACAAAAGAGAUCGGUCAUUGAAAAGCGGGAUGUAUAUAUCUAGUCACAAACAAUGCACAUACAUGAAAAAUUAAUAAAGCACACUGGUAUACAGUAAACUUGACCAUCUGUGGUCCCCUGAGAUCUGCAGAAGAUCAGGAUUAGCUGACAUUGGACUAGACUUUGUUGAUGUUGUGUAGAUAUGCAUUAUACUAUUGACAUUCAGAUACUAUAUAUUCUUAUUAUUUUAGGGAAUUCUAACAUUAAUGUUAAUCAAUUGCUAAUAACUUUUACAAAACUAGCUUUUCUCAAUGUUUGGUGUCCCAUAGCCUUCAGCCUAACAUCCAAUUACAAUAUGGUGAAGGAGAAGUUAUGCUCCAGGUCACGCCAUAGCCAAUUCGUACCAGGUAUUGAUGGCAGUAACAUUUUUAGCCUAUCACUGUCUGCUGUCCCUGGUUUGCCGUGAGGCAGGGCUGUUUGCUGCUGGGGAUCAAGCAUCACUGCUAAACAGUGAUUAAACAGUUUAACAGUGAUGUAAUGUGGGCCAGUAACCCAUGGACCCAGGGACGUAUUAGCCACGAGGCAAACAAGGCAUUUGCCUUGGGCGGCAUUUUUCACCGCCCCCCAAAUGCCCAAGGCAAAUGCCUAGUUAGGCUUGCAGCUAGCAGACAUGCUGGGCUGGCGGCACUGGCUGAUGGUCGGGCGGGCGGCUGGCGAGGGAGCUCUUCCUCUGAGUGGUCUGCUCAGCUCCCUCGCGCGCCGCAGAGUGAGGCUGGGAGCCAGAAUAUGACGUCAUCAACCCGGCUCCCAGCCUCACUCUGCGGCGCGCGAGGGAGCUGAGCAGUCAGCUCAGAGGAAGUGCUCCCUCGCCAGCCGCCCGCCCAGCAGCCAGCACAUCAGCCCGACCGGCAGCCACUGGACCACCAGGGAGAAAGAGGAACCACCCCCCCCAGCACUCCCAAAGGUAAGGAGGCUGGGGGAGGGGGGUUAAAAAAAAGUGUUAAUGUGAGUGAUUGUGUGUGUGUGUUACUGUGUGUGUGUGUGUGUUUGUGUCUGACUGUGUUCGUGUGUGUGUGUUUGUAUAGAAAAAGAAAGUAAUAGGUGCUCACUAUAGUGAUCAGGCAGCAGUAUACAAAACAAGGAUUCCCCAACCUUGUGAGUGAAUAAUAGAAAGAAAAGAAGGCGUAUACCGCGCCUAGUAAUUUAUAUAUGCAAAAAGUGCAUACAUAUAUCCUUGAAUAUUCCAAUCAAUCGUAACCUCGGAAAAAAUUAAGAUAAAAAAUAAUAGUGCAAUACAGUAGAUUAAAUCUUAAAUACAAUCAAUUAUAGCUAUGUACAGUCCACUCACAUUUGAAUGAGCUAUAACAGAGCUCUACUGUGAAGCGCCUGGACGGUACAAUCACCGUCUUAGGAUUCGUAGUAGUUGCCACGGAUGUUCUCAAGGUGCAAUGUGCAUAGUAGAUAUAAGAAGAGAUAGUUGCAAUAUGGUGAAGUAAGUACUAAUAAUAUAUUAAAUAAUAAAAAGUAUUGUACUUACACUUUCUAGAGCAUAUAACUUGCUCCAGUAUAAACAGCUUAGGUGGUAUAAUCACAUAAUAAUGUGUGUCUGACUGUGUGUGUGUGUGUGACUGUGUGUCUGUGACUGUGUGUGUGUUUGUGUCUGACUGUGUGUGUGUCUGACUGUGUGUGACUGUGUGUGUGUCUGACUUUGUGUGUGUGUGUGUGUGACUGUGUGUGUCUGACUGUGUGUGUGUCUGACUGUGUGUGUGUGUGUUUGUGUCUGACUGUGUGUCUGUGUGUCUGACUGUGUCUGUGUGUGUGUCUGACUGUGUCUGUGUGUGUGUCUGACUGUGUCUGUGUAUGUUUGUAUAUUUGAAUAUUUUUUCAAAGCACCCAGAGUCAAAAUUUCUAUGUUGUAUAUCUGUACAACGCUGCGGCAUUUACUGGCGUUAUAGUGUAAUGUAUAGUGUUAAUGUUUGGUGCUUGUAUAUAGUUUUAGUGUUUUAAUACAGGGGUGUGUUUUUAUGUAAUGUUUGCGUUUGAUUGCAGGGGUGUGUUUGAAUGUAAUGUUAAAUGUGGAUAUACAUUUGUGUGAAGUAUUUGUGUUUGAGUGAAGGGGUGUGUUUGUAUGUCAUAUUUGUGUGAUGUGUGUCAUUGAAUUUUUUGUGUUCCAAAUUGACUUUGAUAUACACGUAAGUUUGUUUAAAUGAGAAAUUUACACAUCCUAGGAUUUUUUAUGUUAUGCUUACUUAUCCCCUAUAUUUAGAAAAUAUGUAUGAAGUGUGAACAAUAUAAUGAGUGUAAAAAGCCAUACCUCUUUAUCCUAAAUGUAAUGCUUUAUUCAAUACUUAUAUAAUUUCCAUGGAUGUGAUGAUUGCCCUUUAGGCAUGUCCAUAUUGGACACUUGGGUUGUAAUGUACAGCUAUAUUUGUUUUAUUGAUUUUGUUUUUACAGUGCUUAUCUGUAACUGGUUUAAUUGAUCAAUGCGGAAUUAUUAGUAAAACGUGGUUGACCUCGCUUGCAGAUGUCAUCAACUGAAGGGAGAUGUUUCACUUUUCCGAUUUUUUUAUUUUAUUUAGCAUUUCCUAUGAAGAAAGUCAGAAUACAAUUUUAAUACAUAGUAAAUGCAUUUUCUUAUUCAACCCCUUUUCAGACAGCAUCUGAAGAAUGGCCAUACUGAAAGUGGAGGUGUGCUAUGUACCCAAACAUCCCAAGUGUUCUGAUUUCCACAAGACAGCCUUUAUUUUAGGGUCCUGUACUGCCAUUCAGAUUUAGUUCCCUGGUGUCCCACAUUUGGGAGUGAGUGACUAAUUAGAAGCACGCACACUGUACUAUGGGCACUUGGACCAAACAUGGAGCACUCCAGCAGUGCUCUCUGCAUGGUCCUUUAUGUUGGAGCAGGCCUGAAGGUGGUCUGUCAGCCUGGCAUGCUUGAUGACAAGCUGACAUGCCCCUUCAGUCGAGCCCAAAGAUGAUGGAAGUUGUGUCACUGGCAACACCCCUUCUCCUCCACCCCUCCCCCCAGGGAAGUAUGUGUGACCAAGGCUUGUACUAUGGCUAUGGUCCAAUUGGUGAGAUUAGAAGUUUUGUCCCGAUUGUCCCACUAAUUUAAGUGCAUAUGGUGUUAGUUCUCUCAACAUCUGCUUCUUCCUGAUAAGUUAAAGAAUUGGGUUGUAAUGUUGUUUGCUUUUUGAGCAUUCUAUAGCAUCCAGAUGGGACAUAUGCAAGAAAUAUAAUACCCCAAGGAAGGAGAUAAUGCGGAUGAGAUCAAUAUGUUCAUUUUUUCCAAUUAUAAAGGACAUGGUAGCAGAGGAUGGGCAGUGCAGGGAACGGAAAAAAGAAAGUACACUGAAAAAAGGAGGUACGCAAACACACAGGGGAACUUUAAAAGACAAGGAGGGAUUUAAAAUACUGCAGUGGGCACCUUCUGUAAGACACAGGGCAGGUUUAAAGUCAGAAGAAAAAUUAAAAGAUGGCAUGGACAUAGUAAGAGAAAACUUAGUAGUGGCUCGCUAUAAUAAGUGGGGCAUGAAAAUAUGGGAUUGGCACUCAAAUGCCAUCUUUUAUAUUGAAGACAGAGACAGUAAAAUACAAAGGACACAAUACACAGGAUUAAUAAACGUGAGUGGCUCAGAUAACUUGCACUAAAAACACUGAAACAUUGGAGUCACAUCAAAUGAGACACAAAAGAAAAACUAAACAAUACACAAACAGCAAAAAUAGAGAACAGUUUGACGUGGAAGAAGCUGAGAAUAGAAGGUAAGACACAGAGACUUAAAGACUAAAAAACAAAAAAGAUACUAUACAAUAAGAUGAGAGAUACAGAUAGAAACAUGGGUGACAGAGAUUGAAAGACAUGAGAAAUAUAGAGACUAAAACACAGGGAGAUACAAAAAGUAAAAGACAGGCGAGAUAAGGAAAGUAAAAAACGGGGGAGAUAGGGACAGAAACAAACAGCAGAGAUACAAUAAGAGACAGGGGAGAUACAGAAGAUAAUAGAAUGUAAAAGACAGUAGAAUUACAGAAAGUAAAAGAUAGGAGAGAUAAGGAAAGUAAAAGAUUUGGAAAGUAAAAGACAGUAGAAAUACAGCAGGUAAAAUAUAGGAUAGAUAGGGAAAGUAAAAGACAGUAAAGAUACCAAAAGUAAAAGAUAGGAGAGAUAGGGAAAGUAAAAGACAGUAAAGAUACCAAAAGUAAAAGAUAGGAGAGGUACAGAAAGUAAAACACAGUAGAUACACAGAAACUAAAAAUAAGGAGAGAAAGGCAAAGCAAAAGACAGGAGAUAAUAGACAGGUGACCAAGUAAUAAAACAGAGACACUGGAAAGAAAUACAGAGUAAAAGAGGAAACUCACAGAAAAGGCAGAACAGCAAAACAGAGUUGAUAUUGAAAAGGGUAAAAGUAUUACUACAUGAAUAGAAAUCCUUGCACUGGCCUUGCCUGAUCUUCAUCAUCCAUGUCGGUUAUACUUACAAUUUCCUCAGCAGAUUGUAAAUAAUUUUUUUCAUGGAAUCCCUUUAAAUGACAAGAUAGGACUCUACAUUAGAAACCGCUUGUCUUCCACUCUGAAUAUAGUCAGCUGCAAGCAUUGCAGUGGCAGUCAUAAAGCACCAGACAGCCACAGCUUACCUACAUCUCCAUCUAUCCAACGACACCCGCUUCUAAGAAAUGUUUAACAUUGUCUUACACCAACAAACUGGUUUCUCAGACACAUAAAUCAAGAUAUCAACAGCAAUUCAGACCAAUAGGCAGGGAAACAACUCACAGUACAAUUUCAACAUAAUGCUUUUUGUCUUGAACUUUGUUCCACGCUCUGGAUAACCAGGUAAAGGGCUAGAGAUAAAAAUACACCUUUAAUAAACACUUUGUUAUUGCUUUAUUCACAGGGCUGUGUUUGCUCCAGCUUGCUUCUCCCACACACUUAUAACAAAAAGGUAAGUUAAUGUGGAUAAGUGCAAGAUAAUGCAUCUUUGCAUGUAAAAACCCAAGGGCAGAGUACAGAAUAUUUGAUAGAAUCUUAAUCUCAACAUCUGAGGAAAGGGAUUUAGGGGUAAUUAUAUCUGAUAACUUAAAGGUAGGCAGACAAUGCAAUAGAGCAGUAGGAAAUGCUAGCAGAAUGCUUGGUUGUAUAAGGAGAGGUAUUAGCAGAACACGGGUGAGACCUCACUUGGAGUAUUGUACGCAGUAUUGGAGACUGUAUCUCCAGAAGGAUAUUGAUACUUUAGAGAGAGUUCAGAGAAGGGCUACUAAACUGGUCCAUGGAUUGCAGGAUAAAACUUACAAGGAAAGGUUAAAGGACCACUAUAGUGCCAGGAAAACAUACUCGUUUUCCUGGCACUAUAGUGUCCUGAGGGUGCCCAAUGCUUUCCUAUGGACGCUGGCGUCUUCUCACUGUAAAAUCACAGUGAGAAGUGGGGAAGCGCCUCUAGCGGCUGUCAAUGAGACAGCCACUAGAAGCUGGAUUAAUCCAUUUAUAAACUUAGCAGUUUCUCUGAAACUGCUAUGUUUACAGCAAAAGGGGUUAAACCUAGCUUGUCCUGGCACCCAAAUCACUUCAUUAAGCUGAAGUGGUCUGGGUGCCUAUAGUGGUCCUUUCAAGGAUCUCAACAUGUAUAGCUUGGAGGAAAGACGAGACAGGUGGGAUAUGAUAGAAACAUUUAAAUACAUAAAGGGAAUUAACACAGUAAAAGACUAUAUUUAAAAGAAGGAAAACUACCACAACAAGAGGGCAUAGUCUUAAAUUAGAGGGGCAAAGGUUUAAAUAUAAUAUAAGGAAGUAUUACUUUAUUGAGAGGGUAGUGGAUGCAUGGAAUAGCCUUCCAGCUGAAGUGGUAGAGGUUAACACAAGCAUGCGUAGGAUAGGCAUAAGGCUAUCCUGAAUACAAAGUGCAAAAAAUAUCAAGUAAGCGAAGGCGCUAGUGAAUAAUUUACAAGUGAAAAUAAAAAUACCAUAAAAAGCAGGUAGCACUAAUUAAGUGAAAAAUAGCUCUAAAAAACACUCUGUAUACAAAUAUGAAAGACAAAAAAGUGCGCUGUGCCUUUAAGUGGUUUGUGCAUACAUUGAUGUGCGCAAAAAGUUUAAAAGUGUUGCUAAUUAUGUGCCAAUGGAAUGGAUAUAAAUUAACAGAAGCUAGACCAAGAACGCGAUCCGAAGAAGCCAUCCAGGCGAAACGCGUCAUCACGCUGUCAGACGCACGACGUCAGGACGUACUAAGAGAGUCCUUAUCCUUUGGAAGACCUGCUGCCAUGUUCCAGUGCCCAAACAUACUGCAGAAGUUCACUAAGGGACUGAGGACUGGCCACACAGGAACGGAACCAACGUGAUUUUAAUUGUAUGCUCCUGCUAAUAAAGGUUUGAAACAUAUCCAGCUUGCUGUCCUGCCUACACGAUCGUGGUCCUGCAUUCUGUAUUUCUGGGAUAUUACAGUGAGAGCAGACUUCUACUGCUCCACGUUUGUGAGUUGAUUGGUUUACCUUUCUAUAUUUUUACACAAAUUUUUACAGUUUUACACUAUGUAUAUUUUUUCUUUUUAUCUCCCUUAUUUUACUACCUGAGUCAUUCAAUACCUGGGAGGAUAUAUGUCCCCUUCUAAAGUUUCCUAUGUAAGUGUUUCCCCUUGUGCACUUUAUUGUAUCACUUGAUCACUUUGUUGAUACAUUAUAUAGUGUAUCACUAUUUUUACACUUUUAAACUUUUUUUGUAUAAGUAUGAGCACAUCAAUGUAUGCACAAACCAUUUAAAGACACAGCGCACUUUUUAAAUCUUUCAUAAGGCUAUCCUAGCUAUAAGAUAAGGCCAGGGUCUAAUGAAAUUGUUUAGAAAAUUGGGCAGACUAGAUGGGCCGAAUGGUUCUUAUCUGCCGUCACAUUCUAUGUUUCUAUGUACCAUGUGUAUUUCUUAAUGUUGCACUUCAUGAAGGGGUCUUGCUCUAAACGUAUGGAAGGCUUUUAUUAUACAUAAGUUAAUUUAAAAAUAGCAACUCAUUUUUUUACUGUAGUAAGGCAUAUUCAAUCUAUCUAGUUAUAUUUAUUCUGGGUUACUUGAUCCACAAAGUCAGUAUUACACGUACAGUAUGUAGCACAGUGGAGCUAACAGAAGAAGAAGAAAAUCUUGCAGGCUGUAUGAUUAACAGCUGGGGAGGCAUUUCAGUAAAAUUUUCUACCGAAAUCGGUGCUUUUUAGAACUGUUACAAAUAUGACAGACUCCAGACACAUGAAGUAGUUCAGCAAGUCCAGACUGACCAUCAGGCAGAUGCUGAGUCCCUUCCUGGGACAGUGGGGAAAUCAACGAUAUCCCUCAUCAGCCCACUGCACCCAUGACAGGAGGGAGGAGGAAGCAUUUGAUCACUGGGUGCAGACUAAGUGCUCUGCUCAAGUGAGCUGCAGUCAUUGAGAGCGUUGGCACGUUUAUCCAUGGCAAUGCUCUCAUUUAGCAAUGCUGAGGCUGAGAAAGUGUCUCAAAAUUAUAGCAUAACAAUACAGGUAAACAAAGAGGUCAUUUAUUUAUUACACUAUACAAGUAUCCUUUGUUCUUCUAUUGACAGUAAUUGGAUGGAGGUCCAGGUCAAGAGUGUGUCAUUGCCAAGAGCUUUACAUUGCUGGGAGAAAAGCCUCCAGGAUAACAGAAGUUCCAGAACCGGAAUGCGUGGAUGUCCCUUCCAUCUCAUCGACAACUGUCAGUGGCCUCACUGCAACCCCACCUGCCCUGCUCUACAUGACCAUGUAUCAGGCCAGGCAAUGAACAUAUUGCAACUAGUCCUUCAAAUGGGCAUGGAGAACCAGAGAAAGGGAUUAGAGUCCAAAGGAGAUCUAAGCCAGCUAAUAGCAAUGCUGAGGAAUGCUGGCUAAAGAAUGAUUUGCAGAACGUUAUAUUUCAUGGUCAGUUGCUGACAAGAAAGGCUUCUUGAAUUUAAAUACAUUGUCAUUUAAAUAUAGCCUAGAAUGUAAACAUCUAAUGAGAAUGAGGUGGUUUUAAUGUACGUUCAAUUGUUCAAUUAAUUAUGGAUAUUUGGGAGGGGGAACUCUUUAGACAAACAAACUAUAUUCACUAUGAUAAAUACUCCAAAGACACCACAAAGAACCCUAAGGAUCUACACAAGAUAUCUUCAAGCUUCUGUCUGUGUUCAUGAUAUAAUUUUAUAAGUUUGGCAGCUAAUCUAUAGCUGGAUAAUAGUAGCUAUAUAGGUAAAACUGGAAAGCUGAAAGGUGCGUUUUCCACUUUUUUAUUCGAGAAAAUUAAAGUCCAGGUUUCUUAUAUACUAGGGUGGAAUUGGGUGAAUUUAGUUUACCUCUACAUUGCCUAUCUUGAUUCUAAAAUGUAUGACUACACAUGUAAUGGAUGGGAUGGGCACCUGCACAAAACAAGAUUAUUUGUAUAAUAUUUAAAUAUACAUACACUAUUUGUUACAGUGAAGCAGUGCGCCAAUAUGUACAUAUAUAGUGCUGAAUUUAAAACACACACACACAGUCAGCAAAAUUGUUAUUGAAUUAUAUACUUAAAGCAACUCUGUCAUCUAAAAUUGUAUUUACAUAAAUCUAUAUAAAACCAUAUUUCCCACAUAUUUGCAUGAAUCUAACCAAGCUGUAGUAAAUAGGGAUGUACAAACAGGGUAUGCAAGGUGAUUCCAGGCACCACCAAAUGCAGGGCCAAAUCUACCUCUCUGCCCGCCGGUGUGAAAAUAAAGAUCAGGAAUAUUACAACAGAAAAAAAUUAUAUAUAUAUAUAUAUAUAUAUAUAUAUAUUUGACAGGUGACUAUAUUGGAAUUAAAGACAAUGUAAUGUCAACAGCAAAUCAGAACCCGUGAUUUUAACAGCUGAAUAACUCCCAGAAUUCCUUUUUUUUUAAUGCUUUAGGUGACUGUUAUCAAAAAAAAUAAUUAAAAAGAUAGCAAUUGAGCAACCACUGAUAAAGAGUAGGUCAGAUGUAUGCUGCGGGGAAGUAUGUUCACAGUGCAAGAGCUGACAAAUCGAAGUGUUAAAAAAAUAUUAAACAUCUUUAAAAAAAAAAUUAUAAUACAGUUUUUAUGAACAGGCUAUACAUGUUAAGUAUUUUUUAUGAGUCAGAAUAGGAGGCAAUCUGAAGGAAAAGGGGUUGUUGUUUGUAGUGAUGUUUAUGGUUCUUUAAAAUGUUAAUAUAAAAAGUGUUAUAAACUACUAAACUUUUCACUUCAGUAUUAAAACAAUCAAUAAAAAAAAACCUUUUCACAAGAGUCAA